UAGUCCCAACAGCUAGCCAACAAAAAGCAACCACUCAUCAAACCGGCAUCACAACUGAAAAAGCGAGGAAUAUUCUCCCAAGCUUAAACCAAAUUUUUGUAGCCUAGACGCCAACGCAUGUUAAAAUGACGCACAUAAACACAAAUUGGUUCCUAGCAUUUUUCGGCGCUCUUGUAGCCUUGGAGCUAGUAAAAAGCUCGGAAAACAAUGAGUACAUGAAGCGGGAACACAGUCUAGUACGACCAUUUCAAGGCGUUGGCGUUAUACUGCCCCACUGGGAUUUUUUAGGAAACACCAUGGUCACCAGUAACUAUAUAAGACUGACCCCGGAUUUGCAAUCAAAAAGCGGCGCACUAUGGAACUACUCGCCCGUUAUGGGACGCAAUUGGGAGGUUCACGUCGGGUUCAAAGUACACGGGAAGGGCAAUGAACUGUUUGGUGACGGAUUUGCCAUUUGGUACACAAAAGAUCGUAUGCAAACAGGUCCAGUAUUUGGCAGCAAAGAUCAUUUCUCUGGACUAGCAAUCAUAUUGGAUACCUACAGUAAUCACAAUGGUCCACAUAAUCACCAGCAUCCAUACUUGAGUGCGAUGGUUAACAACGGCACCUGGAGCUACGAUCACGAUAGAGACGGAACGCACACACAGCUGGCUGGUUGUGAAGUGCGCUUCCGUAAUGUGGAUUACGAUACAUUUAUAAGCAUACGCUAUGAGAACGAUGUGCUGUCCGUUUCGACGGAUCUCGAAGAUCGAAACGAAUGGAAAAACUGUUUUGUGGUCAACAAUGUGGAGCUGCCCACUGGCUAUUUCUUUGGCAUGUCUGCAACAACGGGAGAUUUGUCCGAUAACCAUGACAUUCAUAGCUUCAAGUUCUUCGAUAUAGACACAACUAUCAGUCACGAUGAGAUCUUGCGUCGCAGCAACAUUAUUCCAAAUGCCAAAACAUUUGAAGCGCCGCGUGAACACAAAGAAGAUCCGAAACCAGGAAUGUCAAAUGCCAAAAUAUUUUUCAUACUGCUCUUAGUAGUCUUGGUGACCGCUGGUGUGGCCAUAUUUGCAAUUUCAUAUUACAAGGAUCGCAACGCACGAAAACGUUUCUACUGAAAUCGACAGCUACAAC